GGGUGUGCUGGGGAGAGCUGGGGGGGCUGCGCUGACAUCACUGUCCCAACGCCAGCCUUUUAGCGCCCGGGCAGCGUCGUGACUGUGCAGAGCGCUGGCUCCCGCGCUGAGCAUCGCCCCGCGCCUCCGUGAGCAGCCGCCCGUCUCCCCCGUGCUGCAGACAUGGCCAACAAGGGCCCGGCGUAUGGCAUGAGCAGGGACGUCCAGUCCAAGAUCGAGAAGAAGUACGAUGAUGAACUGGAGGAUCGGCUGGUGGAGUGGAUCGUGGCGCAGUGCGGGGCCGCCGUGGGUCGUCCUGAACGGGGCCGCCUGGGCUUCCAGGUCUGGCUGAAGAACGGCAUCGUGCUGAGCAGGCUGGUCAACAGCCUCUACCCUGACGGCUCCAAGCCCGUCAAGAUCCCCGACACCCCCCCGACCAUGGUCUUCAAGCAGAUGGAGCAGAUCGCCCAGUUCCUCAAGGCGGCUGAAGACUACGGUGUGGUCAAGACGGACGUGUUCCAGACUGUUGACCUCUUUGAAGCCAAGGAUAUGGCAGCGGUGCAGAGGACGCUGAUGGCCCUGGGCAGCCUGGCGGUCACCAAGAACGAUGGCCACUACCAUGGGGAUCCCAACUGGUUCAUGAAGAAAGCGCAGGAGCACAAGCGGGAGUUCACCGAGAGCCAACUGAAGGAGGGCAAGAACGUCAUCGGCUUACAGAUGGGGAGCAACAAGGGAGCGUCACAGGCGGGGAUGAGCUACGGCCGGCCCCGGCAGAUCAUCAGCUAGGCAGCCCCCCUCGCCAAUCCCAAAGAGCAGCCCCAGCCGGGACCCCCAUCCCCGCUCUCCGCUGGCCGCCACUGCCCCUCACCGAUUGGUAUUUAUGGACCAGGACCCGCCAGGCAGCCCCCAGGACCCUGCCGCGCAGCACGCGCCCGCCUGUAGCCCCUCUCGCGGCGACGUGCCCGAGGAUGCCCUGCCACGCUCGCCCUGGGCAGCCUCUCCCCUCCAGUCUUCCACGUCCCUGCUGCUCUCCCCGCCGCCAGCCGGCUCUGCCCGCCCUGCGCCGCGCUCGCCGGCACCCAUGGGUGCCCCGCUGCCCUCCCAGGGACGGUGGGUGGGAAGGGCGUGCGCCCCAGAGCCACCCUGCCUGCCCACAGCCCCACACCAGCCCUGUGCCACCGCCAUCCUUGCGAACGGGGAGGAGAGAAAAAUCGGCCUCGGUUUUGUACUUUGUUUUUUUUUUGUCAAAAUUAAAAGGUUAUUCAUCUA